AUGAACGCUUCUAAUACGUUUUUAUCCUCUAACCCUCUUAAAACAUUCAAUCUCGCGAUGCCCUCAUACGUGAAUCAACCCCAUCAUCAGCCACCGCCCUACCCGCAACCACCGCCAUAUCCGUAUGGCGAGCAAUCGUAUCAACAGCUUCCGACGGCUCCAUAUCCUGAUCUAGACAGCUCUCACUGUUCGCAAUCGCAUCGCCCGCCAUACCCUCUGCAACAUCAAUCUCUUCGUCCACUGUCGCAAGCGCAACCGGUUCCUCGUCCAUAUAAUCAACCACAGCACAACUUUCCACCACCUCCACCUGGAAUGGUUCAAUGGUUGCAAGAGACUAACUACGAGUCUCCAAUCGUUGGAAUCCCACAAGGACUCGAGUAUUUGGCUCAAAUCAACCGCAUCAUCGUGCAGCAGAAGCUUGACUUCCUCGAGAUGUGCACCGGUUGGGAGAGCAAGCAUCAAUACAUCAUCUGCAAUCAAAACGGACAGCCGAUCUUUCAUGCGAUUGAAGAAUCAAAUGGAUGUGCUCGUCAAUGCUUGGGCAAGAAGCGGGGAUAUACUAUUCACAUUCUCGAUAAUUUCCGCAGGGAGGUGAUGACGAUUCGUCGCCCUUUCAAAUGCUGCGGAACGUUUUGCUGCUCACACGAGACUACCAUUGAGGCUCCACCGGGCAGUGCGAUUGGUUACAUUCAGCAGAAGUUUGCCUUCUUCAAGAAGCAGUUCAUUCUCCACUCCGUGCACCAUGAGCCUCAGAUUAAGGGACCCAAUGAGUGCAACUUGAACUUCUGCUGCCCAUGCAGUGAUCAGAUUUUCAAGGUUCAAACUUUGCGCAAGGGUCAAGUUGGGGAAAUUCGCAAGCAGUAUACUGAGCUUGGCGUCGAACUUUUCACCGAUGCCAACACUUUCACGGUGAAUUUCCCAAUGGAGUUGGACGUGUUUGCCAAGGCUUCGCUCAUCGGAGCAACGUUCUUGAUUGAUUUCCUCUGCUUUGAGAAAGAG